CCCGGUUUAGGUCCCAUUUUACUCUCGCCCACGAGUCGCCAAGUCAAACAAUAUGGCGGCCGCGAUUGAGAUUGCAGAGGAGACUCUAUCGGAUGCUCGUGUUUUGGGCGUGUGUGACGCCUUGCUGGGGUCAAAGCUUCGAAUGCUUUCCCUCAGGAAAUGUAUCAUAGACGAUAAGGCAUUCAAAAAGAUGAUGGCAUGUGUGGCGAAUAGUAAAACAAUUCUGCAGUUGGCCCUCAGUGUCGGAGUUGUCAAAGAUAUUUCCCGAGUAAAAAUUCUGGCGUUGGCUUUACAGAAGAACAGAUCACUCGUAUCUCUGUUGGUUAAUGGAAAUGCAUUUGGAGAUGAAGGAAUGGAGAUCCUCGGUACAUCACUUGCACAGCAUCCAAAUAUUGUGUCCCUUGAUGUUGGAGACUGUAACCUUGGUGACGAUUCCCUGGAGUUCAUCAGUGACUUGUUACCUCCAAAUGGUGGCAAACCUGGAUUGGCCGACCUAACACUGAGUGCAAACACAAGUAUAAGUCCAGAGGCUUGGGCCAAGUUUGCAGUGGCCCUAGCAGUGAGCAGCCACUUGCGUGAAUUGUAUGUGGACUACAACAGACUGGGGGAUUAUGCUGCUAGCUGUCUCCUGGUAGGGCUCACAUCUAAACGGCAGAUAGAGAUACUUGACCUGGAGGGCACUGGGGUCACCGACCAUACUGCAAAGCUUGUGUCCUAUUUGGUGGAAAACUUUCCAGUCAAGUUACGACGAGUUAUCCUGGCAGAAAACAAAAUAAAUGAGGAAGUGAAGGAGGAAAUAAAGCAGAGUCUGGCAGACGAUAGUAACAGCGAGGUCCAGAGUCUGGCUAGCACUGACCUUUACACUACCGGUCAGUCAGCUAACGAUAGUCUUAACCCCCUCCCCAGACCUGUGGAGGUCAAAAUUCACCAUGUUGAGCCUGUGGGUACUAGCAAAGACCAUAAAAAAGGAAAAAAGAACAAUAGGAAAAACACCACCAUCAGUACCCUAGGGGAGACUGAAGGCGAUAGAAACAGCGAUAUGAAAGAUGAUACAGUAGCUACCGAUGAGGAUUACAAAGUGUUGGCCAAGGCUCUGGAGGCCGGACUAAGUACUGGGGGGACCAGUGAUCUAGGUCUGACAGGUCAGACCAACGAGGAAGAGGGGGAGGUAGAGGAUGAGGAGGAGGAAGAGGAGGGUGAUAUUCUUACUGAAGUACCAGUUGUGGGAACAAAUAGGAAAGUAGUAAAUGUCACAGUGUCCCAAAAAUCUCAUACUACAGACUGGAAUAGUCUCGGUGAACUAAUGGACGAUGACAAUGAUGAAGGAGAACUAAUAAAAUAGGUCAAGUUUUUCUGUAGGAGUAUAGGUCACUAUAUAAAUUAUGUAUUUUAUAAAUGUACUACAAACGAUUCAGUGAACUAUAACGAAGACAACUUCAGGAAUACAUGUAGUAAUUACCAAAUUCAAUUAUAAUGCAUACUGGUAUGUUUCAUCAUGAAGCAUAUGUUUUCUUUUUCAUAAUAAAGUUACAUGAUGGAAUGCCUUGAUGUAAUAUACAAAUGUCCCUGCGCCAAAUAUGAAUUUCAUUGCAGCCAAAUUAUGUUUUUAUUUUUAAAAUGACAAUUACGCAUUAAAUGUGGCAAAGGGGGUUUAGUUGUGUUCAUGUUAAACGAUAAAAUCAAUAUUUGAAUAAAACUUGAUGAUUGACAUGUACCGUAUUUAUCCAACAGUAAGCCCAUGCCUGGUAAUAAGUCCAUGCAUGUCUAUUGUAGUUGAGUAGAAACACUAUGUUAUUGUCUUACAAUGAGCCCACCUCCUACUUUGUAUCAUUUAUGUGUUAGCUAGCAUGCUGGGCUGAUUACAGGAUAACUAUGGUACAUGUAUAUCAUGGUAACAUUGACUACCAUCUCAUCAGUCUACUUAGCGUCAUGUCAGUAAUGUUUGUAUACACCUGUCAAAUUUGAGGGGAUUAUGAGGGUGUCAAGAUUUGUUUGUCCAGCAAUCCUACAUUUUUCAAUCAAGCUUUUUGAAUCUUGGAAUAUAUUAUGAUCCUGAUAUGUUUGUCUCCCCGAAAAGAAUUCUGAGGAGACAGUUUCUGCAAAAGUUAUUGCCAUUUGUAUGUUUCAAGAUUUCAUUUUUGUCAGAAAAAUUCCUUCUCUAUUUUUUACCAGAUUUUUUUAGACCUGGACUGAAAAAAAAAUCUGAUUCAGCUAAUUUUUCUAUUAACAUUUAUUGCUGUCAAUUUCUGAUGUUGAAGAUUUGAGUACUUCAAUCCUCAAACUGUCAGAAAAUUAAACAUUGACUUUGUAGUGAAAAGUGAGAUUUUUUAACACAAGAUAGUACUAUCACUAUAUGGCAAACAACCUCAAACUGUCAGAAAAUUAAACAUUGACUUUGUAGUGAAAAGUGAGAUUUUUUAACACAAGAUAGUACUAUCACUAUAUGGCAAACAACCUCAAACUGUCAGAAAAUUAAACAUUGACUCUGUAGUGAAAAGUGAGAUUUUUUAACACAAGAUAGUACUAUCACUAUAUGGCAAACAACGUUAACAGAUACAAUUUUGUAUACAGUAUAUUGUUCCCGCAGUACUCUUGUUAUUUUUAUGUUCAGUCAAAUGUCAUUGUAUAUCUGUUUACUGGUAAAGCUUGUUAGAAAUCUGUGAUUUGUUGUUUGUUUACAAUGAUAAUAAACUGACAAAACAUCAA